GUCUUACUAGUCGCUCAAGAGCGAUAACUUGCGCCGAAUCCCUAUGUGGAGGAAUCUAGACGCAGCCCUAACAUAUGAUUUACUUCUGGUGCGUGUAGAGAUAUCCUCCGACCCUGAGACGCUUGAUGUCAGGAUUGUUCCCUUGCCGCAGGUCGUGACGCUGCUACUUCUAUACAAAUAACUUCAAAAAGGAUUUUGGCGAGGCGCCGAAAUUAGAAAUUCAGCGAAAGUGAAGAUAAAUGUGGAGGAACCAGACAGUAGUAAGAUGGCCAUAGCAAAAAACUGUCACUUUCGUCGUGUGAGAAACAGCAGUCUUCGAGAAAGUAAGAAACUGAAAACACUCUGAUGUGGAUGCCAGCACGGUCACCAGUCUGCCUAAUAGAGACAUCCCACCAAUCUUCUCCCAGGUAGGAAGCAUGCCGCUACCUGGAGCAGGUAGCAAGCGUGCUGCUACCUGGAGGCCACACAUGUACCCAACCGUUCAUUGAUCAGGUGUGGAGAGGUGAUGGCUAGCUGAGGACACACACACACACACACACACACACACACACACGCACACACACACACACACGUGGAGUGGAAAGAAGGGAGGUGACUGGACCAGAGAAAGUGGUUUUACCUCGGUUGGACAACGCACUUCAGAAUAUUAGGUUUCGAAAGUAUUUGCUACGAGCUGUUUUGAACGGACGACAAAAGUUUAUCAAGUGACAAGUACAGGCUUAUCAAGAUGACUAAAAAUUCCCUCACGCACACACCAAACUCUGAAAUGAGUUAUUUUUUUAUUGAAAAUUGCCCUUCAAAUGAGGUGGGUAAUGUUUUGUGUUACGUGACUCUCUCCUCUGCUUUCGAGUUAUCCUUUACUUUAAUGAGAGCAGGUGUUUGUGGGACAGCGUGUGUAUAGGUCAGUGUUAUACUCGGGGUCACGCGGCGGGAAGGGAUGGGCGGGGCAGAUAUAUUAUACAGGGACCCCGGGGUCGCGGCCGCCAGUCACCUUCUGCUAGUUGGUUGGAACACAUCGCUCUCACCCAGCACCUUGCAGACACGCCGCUGUGUCCACCCACAACAAUGGACAUCUUAUCUGUGGUGGCUUCGUCUGCUAAUUCACUGUUCUUCUGCCUCACGUCGCUCUUGCUGCUGACAGGCGCUGGUGCCGGCCGGCGGGCAGACUUUAGACACGGUGGCUUUCCGAAAUUCCCUGUAUUAGGCGGCUCCGCCCUGGAGGUUAGCAAGACAGGUGGAGGUCAAAAAAACGUUCAUGUUUACAAGACGGUGACGUGUGGCCGCGUCGCCACGCCACGGAUCGUUGGCGGCGGUGCCGCCGCCUAUGGAAAUCACCCCUGGCAGGCGGUGAUCGAGAUGUACCGCAGCGGUGAAGGUUUCAUCCACCACUGUGGCGGCGUCAUCAUCUCCUCCCGAUACGUGCUCACCGCCGCUCACUGCCUCCAAAACUUCGGUCUCUCCCGCCACGACUACCGCAUUAAGGUGGGAGACCACAACCUGGGCAAGCCUGAUCAGGACGAGCAGAUGUUUGAGAUCGAGGACCUGGUGAUACAUCCCAAGUUUGCAGUGGGUGGGCAAUACAACAAUGAUGUCGCAGUGCUGAAGGUGCGUGAACAGAGAGGCGAAGGGUUCCGCAUGUCUAGGUUCGUCACCCCCGCCUGUUUACCCGCUCCAGACACCAGCUACACGCCCGGCAUCAGCUGCCAGGUGUCAGGCUGGGGCUUCACAGACCCUAACAACGACUAUUCCAAGCCAAAGGUUUUACACAGCACAGACGUCCUCCUCGUGGCUGACAAGGAGUGCCAGCAGCUGCACGGAACACGCGGGUACGGCCCCGGCAUGGUCUGUGCCGGGCACCCGGAUGGCAUCAAGGACGCCUGCAACGCGGACUCGGGGGGACCUCUCGCGUGCAACAUAAAUGGUUCCUACACGGUGUUCGGUCUGGUGUCUUGGGGUAAGGGCUGUGGCAAGCCAGGUCUGCCUGGAGUGUACACGCAUAUCCAGUACUAUGUUGACUGGAUCAACAGCGUCACUGGAAACAUCCAGUAGAUAGGUGGUGCAUUCUGCUGCACAUGUUCCUUUGUAGUGCUUCUAAUUCUUGGUGUUUCCUGUAUCACUGAUACAAGCCACCUACCACCAGAAAUGGAGUGAAUACAAGAAAUUUGUAUUUGAAUACAAAUACAAAUACUUCAUAUUCCAACGAAUAUGAAUACGAAUUUAAAUACACUGAAAUUAUUUUAAAUUGAAUACAAAUAGGAAUACUUCUUGAAAGUAUUCAUGAAUACAUUCAUGAAUACUUUUCAUUAAAAAAUACCUUCUUGACGUAAUUGGGUAUAGCACUGUUCUAAAGUUAUGCAACAGUAAAAUGACCUCACGAACCUGCUAUACGCGAUGAUUAUACACGUCCGUCCAGGAGGCUGGAGUUGAAAAGAACAACGGCUGUUAUCUCUCAUAAUAAAUUUUGAGGUAUUCGUCAUGUGAUUCGCAGAGUACGAACACUUUUCCUUUUAUUUGAAUACAGUAUUCAAAUGUAUUUGAAUACGAAUACCGAAUACGAAUACUUCAUCCCUCCCUACGACCAUCUUUUCUUUAUUGUAUAUUGCCUUGGGUUGGGAGAGCUUAUAAUCAAAAGCAAGCAAAACUUUGGUGGAGAAGAUUGGGGUGAAGAAUGCAGGGGUAACUAACCAGAUGUAAUGAGUACAGAAGUUGCACACUGUGCACCUUAUAAUAUGUCUCAUCCACCACCGCUUGAGGGCCACCAGUAGCUCAACAGCUAUGUGAUUCAAAUUAAAGUUUAAACAAUUGGUAGACAUAUGUCACCAAUAUACCAACUAAACAUAUAUCUCCCAAUUCAUCUAAUGAUAGGCCAGGGCUGUAAUUUCUGGGGGGUUUAGGCAAGCUAUAGCCUCCCCUAAUAUUUUCUAUCAGCCUCAAAAUGCCCCUAAAAUUGAUGAUUUUUCAAAAAAUUUCCCCCACCUGCACAUGCUUGAUUCGUGUGCCACCCUCAUGAACCUAUGACGCCCCCCCCCAAAAAAAAUCCAUCAUAAUUACAGGCUUGUAGACGGUUAUCAUGUGCAACACGCCAGCCCUCAGUCACUAAGAUGACCUUUUCUCCAAGUUAACGACUUUAGGGGACAAGAAAGUAUAUAGCAGUUGGUUUAUAUACAUAAGUAUAUGUAGACUUAAUAUUAAGAAACUGUAUGAUGGCAGCCACAUGACCAAAUACAUGUAAGAAUUAUGGGCAUUUUACAUAUAGAUCAUUGUAACUGGAUAUCACAAUUUUCAGACUUAACUGUGUGUGUGUGUGUGUGUGUGUGUGUCUGUGUGUGUUAUACUGUGAUGUGUGUGGUGAGUUAUGAUGUGGUGUGAAGUGUGUGUGUGUGUGUGUAUUUUGUACUGUGGUGUGCUGUGGUAAGGUGUGGUGAGUUGUUAUGUGGUGUGAAGUGUGGUGUGUGUGUGUAAUUCAACACGGCCUGAUCACGAGUUGGACUCAAAAUCGCCAGCAAGUACCCUCCUGACAAGAGCAACCUCAUGCUCAUUAUAGUCGAUAUAUGGGUACUGCCAGGACCUCACACCCCACACAUCCCAUCCCCCUUGCUCAGGGAAGGACAGUAACCACUCCUUGUCAGCGGAAAGAUUCCGGCCUGAGCAGGGCUCGAACCACCGCCUCUCAGGCCGUGAACCCUGGCAGAGUAGCGCUCUAACCAACUGAAAUUGUGUGUGUGUAAUUAUGUAACUAGUGAUAUACAAGAAGUGAACUAUACUCAUGAAGUCCCAUUUCCAUCCUCUUUGUCUAUUCCUUUCAUUGCCCUGAUCACUGCAAUAAUGUCCCCUGAACUGGCAGCCCUAACCUUUCCAAUAUUUCUUAUUACAUUAACUUGGUUAGGCUAGGGACCAACUUGGGUGCUACUCUGCAUUCUUUCGAUCUUGUAUAUGUUUUUCUUUGUGUGGGGUCCAUACUACUACCACUUAAACCAACCUGUGACAGAUCAGAACCGACCUCCCCAAUUGUACCAACUCAGAGGUUAUACUGUGUGUGUGUAUAUAUAUAUAUAUAUAUAUAUAUAUAUAUAUAUAUAUAUAUAUAUAUAUAUAUAUAUAUAUAUAUAUAUAUAUAUAUAUAUAUAUAUAUAUAUAUAUAUAUAUAUAUAUAUAUAUAUAUAUACUGUACAUGCAGAGGAGGUUCGUCGAGUAUGAAGGCAGUUUUAGCCACAGUAUCAAUAUAAUGCUUUUCAUGAGGAAUAAAAAAUUUGUAACUAUAGUCCAACAUGAAUAUGAAGUCAGUUUGGGUGGGACCCAAACCUCUUCACAGCACUUCUGCAUCACCCCAAUAUAUCACUCUCUCUCUCAUAUGUCAGCUAUGCACUAUUUGAUAUUGUGUAUCAAACAUUCUGUAUACAUUAAAUAAGAUUUGGCAGCGCUAAGGCCAGGGAACUUCCCAAGCAGGCCACGCCCAAACUGACUUCAUUGCUGAGUCUGUCUAUAAUCCUUAAACACCUUAUCAUCUCUUAUCCAAAAUUUUUAAUAAAAUAAAAUGAGUAAGGGUGACCUUCAUAUAAUGCCUGUUCUUAAAUAUAAUGAUAUUUGCUUUCUUUUUAAAUAUCAUCGAGUGUUAUGUGUAUGUAUAUUUUUAAGCUUAAGAUACCUAGUCAAUUAUUUCAGUCUUUCAUAAUAUUAGGUAUUCUAAACUUGUAACUUUGUCACUAAGUAUAAAAACCAAUAAAUGCAUCAAUUUCUUUUAGACGCUGUUUUUAGUUACAGUACUUCCUAUUUUCUUCCACAAUACCCCUGAUGUUUCAGCUCACCUUUAAUUUAAAACUGAAUACCAAUAUAAUUUUCAAUUACUCUGACUGAGGUUCCUUGCAAUUUAAUUUAAAUGGUGACCACAACAAAAAGGAAAAUAAUUGUUUCUCUCUUUCUCUCUUGCAUGAGUAUUUGACAUAAAUGUCCAAACAUGAUACCUGCUGGUCAGGAAAAAGUAGGUAUACGUUGUCCACUGCUCAUAUUUUUCAAAGUUUGCGUCUACCUAUGGUAUAGAUGAUCACCGAAUGCGUAAUGUAUGUGGGUCCAUAUCUACCUCAUGAACGGCAAAGGUAACAUGAGAUUUAUGAUCUGAAUCUUUUGCUCGUGAGUGUAUUUUGCUUUCUAGCAUCUCUAGUAUAAUUUAAUUUGAUGCUAGAAUGGUAUUAUUUAUGGAAGUGUAAUUAUUAUGACUUUUGGUCUUAAAAUAAGUGCUUUACAUAUACAGUGGUACAGUACGUACACAAACUGUAAAAAAAAAUUGGUAAACAAAGGGUAAACCAUUGUCGCUGCCAUGGAGACACUUGUGAGGAGCCUCAAGCAGUGAAGAGGUGUCCUGAUGGCCAAUUGUCUCUUUCUCAGGGCUGGCAACCCAUGUGUACAGCUGUGGUGUAGGCAGGGCUAUCUGACCACAUGUUGGGGAAGUAUGGAGGAGAUGUAGUUUCAGAAUGGAUGUUAUGGAUAUGUAACCUAGCAUGGGGACAGGGUGAGGUGCUAGUGGUCUGGAGGAGCAUUAGUGUUGUGCCACUGUACAAAGGGAAAGGAACCAGAGGUGAUUGUAAUAGUUACAGGGGAAUAAGUCUACUCAGUGUGGCAGGAAAAGUGUAUGGAAGGGUUUUAAAUGAGGAUGAAGAAAAUAGCUGAAAAAAAAGUGUAGGCUUUAGGAUAGGGAGGGGUUAUGUAGAUGAAAUAUUUGCACUAAAAAUGCUAGUUGAAAAGUACCUAGAGAAGGAUAGGAGGCUGUUUGCUGCUUUCAUGAACCUAGAGAAGGCAUAUGACAGGGUUUACAGGAAAAGUUUAUGGGAUGUUCUAAGGAUAAAUGGUGUGCGAGGGAAUUUGCUAGAGGCGAUCAGGUCCUAUAAUGAUGUGAGUGCCUCUGUGCACGUGAAUGGUGAGUUAAGCGAGUUUUGGAGUUGGUGUGGGUAUAAGAGGUCUCCAUGGCUUUUAAAUGUGUACAUGAAUGGAUAUAUGAGAAAAAUGAAAGCCAGAGUGGGGGAACUAGGGCCAAGGCUGAAAAGAGAGGUACAGAGGAGUCAUUGGUGGGAGGUCUGUUUGCAGAUGAUACAGUAUUGUUGGCAGAGAAUGAAGGGACACUGCAGAGUAUAGUGGAUGAGUUUGACAGGGUGUGUAAAAGGAGAAAACUGAAAGUAAAUUCUGGAAAGAGUAAGGAGAGGGCAAGAGAACAGACCAUUGAUUUUGCAAAGCUAUACAGAGUUAGAGCAGAAAGCACAACGAAGUGUAGAAUAUGGCUGGGGGAAGAGAGAAUGGAGAUGACUGAAUUUAAAUAUUUAGGGACAGGUUUAUGAAAGAAUGGAAGUAUAGAAGGUGAGGUGAGGGAAAGAGCAGUGAAGGACAGACAGGUAGUAGGUGCAUUGGAGUUAUGAGAGGAAAUGUGAGCAUGGGGGUAAAGAGGGGCAUAAGGAACAGUAUUAUCCUGCCAACUCUGUCAUAUGUGUCAGAGACAUGGACAUGGAAUGUAGCACAGCAAUCUAGAAUACAUGCAGUGGAAAUGAGUUAUAUAAGAGGUGAAUGUGGUGUUGCAGGAUGGGAUGGAUAAAGUAGUGAAAAUAUGUAUCAGAGCUUUGGUAUGGGUGUGACAGCAAUGGGAGCAGACUGUGGAGUUGUUGAAUGGGUGAAGCAUGGAGCGCUGAGAGAGUUUGGACACUUGAUGAGAAUGAAGGAGAAUGAUUUUGUGAAGAGUGUAUGAGGGAAGGAUUGAGGGAGGGGGUGUCAGGGGAAGACCACGGUCUGUUAAGUGGAUCAAUAUUGUGAGUAAGUAUUGGAGUGAGAAAGUUGGAAGUAGCAGGACUGAGUUUGCUAAGAGGGAGUGCCAGAACAGGGAGUUAUGGACACUUCUGACACAACCACCCCCUAGAGGGAAGUUCCCAUGAGGGUACAGGGUGUCAGAGAUAUAUAUGUUGUUUGAAAAAUUAAGGUGUGAACCAUAAUGGAGAAGGGUGUUUUUCCAAUCAUCUAUAUUGAUUCUUUCCAAAAAAGAUAUAGGAAAUAUAAUCAUUGUAUACCACAUCAAAUAUAUUUUGUUUACUUGCAAAGUGAUGAAAGAAAUAUUCUGACAUUCAUUGAGAAAACUGAAAGAAAAUGAAGAAGAAAAAAAUCAUGUCGUAUCACUCGUGAAUACUGUGCAAGACCACAAAAGGUGGAUGUUGACAUUGCCCCACUGCAAUGAGCCAACCAAAUUUGACCCACCUCAAAGUGAAAUUUCUUUUGUUAGUUAAGCAUUUAAACAACAAAAAUUGAGAACGCAGUUGAUGCAUAGCUGUCAUAUUCUAUCAUUACAACCUGGCUGACAUAAAAGUUAGGACACAACAAAGGAGGAAUGUGACGCUGGUACAACACUGGUUUGAGCAAUUCUGAUUUCUACCAACAGAGAUCUACACAGAAGAUACAGCUAGAAAUAGUUUAUAUCAUUCUGCAACACUGGAGAAGUAAAAUAAAUGAUAUAUUACACGGAACAAAUAAAAAAAAAAGGUAACAAAUCUUUAAA